CCCAUUGGGACUUUCUUCCUCCCUAGCUCUGGCUCCUGGUACCUGCCUAGCUGUCAUAGCAACAGCUUCCAGGGUGACAAAAGAGUGAGCUGGGUCUUGUGGGUAAGCCUUUUUGGACCACAGAGACUGCCCGGGCUGCAUCUAUUCAAGCUUUCUGUGUUCUUCCUCAGACUGAGCUCACACUCCCAUCCAGGCCAAGGGGACCAUGUCCACCAGUCUGACCACUUGUGAGUGGAAGAAAGUCUUCUAUGAGAAGAUGGAGGUGGCAAAGCCAGCUGACAGCUGGGAGCUCAUCAUAGACCCCAACCUCAAGCCCAACGAACUGGGCCCAGGCUGGAAGCAAUAUCUGGAGCAGCACGCCUCAGGCAGGUUCCACUGCUCCUGGUGCUGGCACACCUGGCAGUCGGCUAAUGUAGUCAUCCUCUUCCACAUGCACCUCGACCGUGCCCAGCGUGUUGGUUCGGUGCGCAUGCGCGUGUUCAAGCAGCUGUGCUAUCAAUGCGGCACCUCACGCCUGGACGAGUCGAGCAUGCUGGAGGAGAACAUCGAGGGCCUGGUGGACAACCUCAUCACCAGCCUGCGCGAGCAGUGCUAUGACGAAGAUGGUGGCCAGUACCGCAUCCACGUGGCCAGCCGGCCGGACAGCGGGCUGCACCGCAGCGAGUUCUGCGAGGCCUGCCAGGAAGGCAUCGUGCACUGGAAGCCCAGCGAGAAGCUGCUGGAGGAGGAUGCCGCCUAUACCGAUGCCUCCAAGAGGAAAGCCCAGGGCAGUUUUGUCUACAACUUCUUCUCAUUCCGCUGGUGUCUGUUUUGGGGUGCUCUCUGCCUGGUUAUUGUCUAUCUGCAGUUCUUCCGAGGCCGCUCUGGCUUCCUCUAGGGGAGCUGGGUAGGGGGUGGGGAGAGGGGACAUGGGAUUGAGAGUGAGAAGGACUUGGUCUCCUGGUUCUGCUACAAGAUC